AUGAAAUCGUCAAUCAUUUUAAGACAAGCAACGAAUGCCGCCAAACUUCAUAAAAGUGGUUUUAAUCCAUACUGGAUAAAAUCUGAAUUCAAAAGAGUUGGAAACAAUUUUAUUGGCUGGGGUGUUGGUAUAACUACCUACAACUUCAAAAUGAUUCCAUCUAUGAUUGCUAGACAAGCUGCCAAAGAAGCUGCAACCAAGGGCUUCUCAAAGAAAAUCGGUCCUUCAUUCUGGUCGACUGAGUUCAAAAGACAAGUUCCUUUAGUUCUUGGUUGGUCUGUUGGUAUUUCUGCCUGUUUGUUUUGGCCUGCUCUUCCAUGGACCUUUUUCCACUGGACUAACAAUAAUGACUAA